AUGGCUCCCCCCGCCGCCGAGAAGCCCACAUUCGAGAAGCCUCUUUCUCUCCCCAUCGCUCCGGAAGAGCUCGAGCGGAUAAACGCGUACCUUCGCGACCAGACACCUGAAGACAUCCUCGCAUGGGCCGUCGAGCACAUCCCGGGUCUCUUCCAGACGACCGCGUUCGGUCUCACCGGGCUCGUCGCCAUUGACAUGCUCUCCAAAAGCACACAAAACCCUCCUCCCCUCAUCUUCGUCGACACCCUCUAUCACUUCCCGGAAACCUACGAGCUCGUGGAAGACGUCAAGAAGCAGUACAGUCGGGACGUUGCCGUCUACAAGCCCAAGGACUGCGAGACGGCCGCGGACUUCGAGAAGAAGUACGGGGAGAAGCUCUGGGAGGAGGACGAGACCACCUACGACUACCUCGUGAAGGUCGAGCCCGCGCGCCGGGCAUACGAGGAGCUUGGGGUGAAGGCAGUCAUCACCGGUCGCCGUGCAUCGCAGGGUGCGGACCGUGCGAACCUGCAGCCGCUCGAGGUGGACAACACCGGGCUCGUAAAGCUCAACCCGCUCUUCGCGUGGACGUUCCCGUUCGUGGAGUGGUACGUCUCGAGCAACAAGGUGCCGCGCAACAAGCUCCUCGACCAGGGCUACCGGAGCAUCGGCGACUGGCACUCGACCGUCAAGAGCGGGGAGGGCGACACCGGCGAGCGUGCGGGCCGCUGGGCGGGCAAAAAGGAGAAGACGGAGUGCGGUCUGCACGUCGACUACUUCAAGCUCAAGGAGGAGGCUGAGAAGAAGAUUGCGGAGAAACAGGCUACGGAGGCCGCCCAGGCAUCGACGGAGCCCGUGACAGCAGCUGCUGUGGUUGAGGCGACUGCAUGA